AUGGAAGAAACAGAGCAAAAUGCAGAACUACUGAUUUUUAAAGGGUGUUAUUUCAGUUCAAACGUCAUAAAACUUAAACAUCUUGAGGCAAUAGAAGAUUUCGAAGUCAGGGACAGUGAUAUAUUCAUAACCACUUACCCAAAAUCUGGAACUAUCUGGAUCCAGAAUAUUUUAUGCUUGAUUUUGUAUGAAGGCCAUCGGAAUGGAACAGAAAAUUUACCAAUUCAGUCUCCAUUCCUAGAUUACAACAUAUACAAUGUGGAUAUCGCCCAGCUCCCGUCACCUCGUGUCAUCAUGUCACACCUGCCAUAUUACCUAGCUCCCAAGACAUUGAGAGCCAAAAGGGGAAAAGUUAUUUAUGUGUACCGAAAUCCAAAAGAUGUUAUGGUUUCCUCUUUUCAUUACAUCAACGCAAUGAAAAAAAUAGAAAAAUCUGAUUUGGAGCCAUUUAUGCAAACAUUUUUAUCUGGAAAAGGAACGGUUGGAGACUGGAAGAAUAUUAUGACAGUAUCUCAAAGUGAAAGGUUUGACAAUAUUUUUCAAGCACAUAUGAAGGAUAUACCUCUCAAAUUCAUCUGGGAUAUAAAAGAAAUACCACCCACUCAGCAUGGCGAGCUGCAGGAACCUUCCCAGGAGGAAAUGGAAAAGAAAUGUACAACACAACUAAAUCAUGUGUAG